AUGGAAGCGACAGAGGCCACCCCACAGGAGGAGACAGAGACCCAUGUUUUGUCUGAUCCCUUUGUGCCCUUCCCUGACACCAAGCCCGUCUCUAGCCCAAUCUUAACUUUGCGCGCACUGCUGGUUGGAUGCCUGUGUGGCACUCUCGUCAACGCGUCCAAUAUCUAUCUUGGCCUGAAGGCUGGUUGGACAUCAUCGGCAAACAUCUUUGGCAACCAGUCUGUCAUUGGCUUCGCAGUGCUCAGACAAUGGUCCAAGUCCUCUGCCGCAAAAAAUCAAUUUGGACCUCAUGAGAAUAACAUUGCCCAAACCGCAGCCACGGCUGCAGGAGGAAUGUCGAGCGUGUUCAUUUCAGCCAUCCCGGCAUUAUACCAGCUGGGACUACUCGAGACGCCCUCAAAGGAUUACUUUCGUAUCGCCAUAUUGACUGGAAUUGGCGGCUAUUUUGGCUUGGUUUCCAUUGCUCCCCUCCGGAAAUUCUUCCUCGUGCAUGUCGCCAGAGAGCUCGAUCUAGUCUUUCCCUCGUCCUCUGCGACCGCUAUGACUAUCCGAAGUAUGCACGAGGCCGUUGAAGGGGCAACUAUUGCCCGGCGCAAACUGCGAGCCAUGGUCAUUGCCUUUUCGUUCUCUUUACUCCUGCGCGUCAUCUCGCAGUACGCUAUAGGUGUUUUUUGGGAUUGGCAUCCUUUUACAUGGUUGAUAACCAGCGGAGUCCUUGUGAACGCGGCCAUAUCUAUCGAGAGCUGGGGUUGGUUCAUUGAAUGGACUCCAGCUUUCAUAGGGUCCGGCAUGCUGGUCAAUGUCAAUGUUUCUUUGUCGUAUCUGACAGGCGCAGUUCUAGCCUGGGGGAUUAUCGGACCAUAUUUGGUCUCUCAAGGGCUCGCCUUUGGGGAGCAUCGAUCGAAGAGCCCCCAAUGGACAGAUCUGAUGUCAUAUACGUCUCUAUCUAGCGACUUUGCAAAUGCCGACCGCCCAAGUCCUCGAUACUGGCUGCUCUGGCCGGGUGUCAUUUGCAUGAUGGCCACUUCUCUUGCUGAGCUUGCCUGUCAGUGGCGCGUGAUUUGGGCACUUUUACGCGACUCCACACGUGCCGUCAUCGCAUGGAUGGCCGGCCAGCAACGAAGGGAGUCUAGCUACCAGUACAUGAUAGUUUCGGAAUCUGAAAAUAACAAUUCUGUCGAUGCAGAUGGAGGCAUCACAGUGUGGAUGUGGCUUCCAAGUCUUCUCGUCGUAAUCGCCGUAUCGUGUCCCAUCCUCAAGUGGCUGUACGAUAUGUCGGUUGCUGAGACGAUGUUGGCACUUUUUCUCGCCUUUAUUUUGUCAUUGCUGGCCAUUCAGGCUACAGGGGCAACAGAUCACACCCCUCUCAGCACUCUUUCGAAAGUCUCCCAAGUUAUACUGGGAAGUGUCAAUGGUCAGCCGGCUAUUGAGGCGUCUCAGCGGUUGAACCUCCUUGGAGGUGCUCUGACCAACAUGGGAGGGGAUCAGGCCUGUGACCUCAUGGGUGACUUUCGCGUUGGCUUUCUGCUGGGAACCCCAUGCCGACUGCAAUAUAUCGCACAGAUGAUCGGCACCUCAAUGGCCAUCUUCGUGGCACCAGGGAUAUUCGUGAUAUUCGCCACCGCCUACCCAUGCAUUCUUACAACGGAGGUCGACGCGACCCAACAAUGCGAAUUCUCAUCGCCAUCUGUCAGCGCCUGGAGGACCGUCGCCGUCGCCGUCACCGAGCCUGUGCUUCCCAUUCCCCCUUCCAGCCUCACUUUUGCCAUUGGGAUGUCGCUAUUCAGCGUCAUUAUGGUCCUUAUCCGGAACUUUGUGUCACGAGGCAAAUGGGCCGCAAUGCGUGUGUACCAUCCGAAUUUCAUGAUUUUGGCCAUGGCAUUCACACUGCCGGCUGCCCACUAUGGCAUAGCCAUGCUGAUCGGGUCUCUUAUUGCCACCAUGUGGAAGAGGCGAUCACCCAGUGGAUUCGAAGAGUACGGGUAUGCAGUAGCGGCGGGAUUUAUUGCCGGUGAGGGCAUCGGGGGAUCAGCCAAUGCAGUACUGUCCAUAUUUGGCAUCGGGGGGCCGCGCGUGCGUGGUUGUUGUGUCAAGCUUUAG